GUCGACUUUUGUGAGGAAGGAAGUAUCCUUCAGGAGAUAAGACUUGAGAAUUGCUCGUUUAUGUAUAGAUUGCUUCCUUAAAAGUCGAUUAUCAUCACUAGAGUGACUAGUCGAGUGUAUUACAUUUUAAAGCAUAAGACGGACCAUUAGGUGGAUAGAAUAGUCGCAUAUAACACAGAAAAGACAUACAUACCGAUAAGAUUUAAAUUUACAAACUAAACUAAAAGUGUUUUUUAAACACAGUGUGAACUGGUCUCUCACACCAUAUUCUGUAGUUUAGAAUUAGUUAUGCUGACUGCAAUCACUGCACCCACUAUCAGCAGACCGGACCCUAUAGCGGAGUCAACUAUUAUGCAUAGGUCCAUUACCACCUCUGCACCAGGAAAACUUAUCCUUUUCGGUGAGCAUGCGGUAGUGCAUGGGAAGGCCGCCGUGGCUGCCGGACUAGGAUUGAGAACAGCAGUGAAGAUAAAUGAAUAUAACGUGGAGAGCUCGCAUGAUAGCUUAGAACAUGAUGACAGUAUUGGAGACCAAGGGGGUUUAGUGCAGGUUGAUAGGGAUACGAUACGGUUCAGCACCAAGGAUGUACAGGACCUGGACGUAAAGUGGAGCAUACAAGAAGUAAAAGACCUUAGUUUACUAAUUGAUGUACGUCUAGAAGAAUGCGGAAAGCCGCUCGCAGCUGAUAUAGAACACAUUACACAAUUUGUACACGACACAAUUGGUGGUGAGUCAGUGUGCCCCACAGCGCUAGUAGCCGCUGCGGUGUUCUUGUACUUAUAUAUAUGUACGGGUUCGUGUUCGAAGCACACAGCUGCACAAACACAGCCAAACAACAACACGUCAACGGAAAGGAAUACAGAUGUCCGAACAGAAAUAGAUACACACCCCAAUACCGAUAUAUCAGCUAACAUAGAUUUGGUAAGAGAUAAUACGCGCUGUAGGAAAAUGAGGGUCAUGCAUGCUCAUGUAAAGUCGCAGCUACCAAUUGGUGCGGGUCUUGGAUCGUCCGCGGCGUUCUCUGUUGCACUAGCUGCCGCUAUGCUAGCAAGUGGUGGUCAAAUACGAAACCUGUGCAGCAUGGAUAUGGAACAUGAAAUCGAAGACGAUACAAAGGAUGUCAAAAUAGUCGAUAGCAAUACACGGAACUCUCAAGACAAUGAUUGUGGUGAGACGGGUGAUAAGAAGCUUGCAAAUGAGAUGCAAAGCGAACCCGCGAUUAUCGCCUGGUCGAGCGAAGAGCAAGAGAUCAUCAAUGUGUGGGCUUUCGCGGCAGAGUGCAUUAUACACGGAUUACCCUCUGGUAUUGACAAUACAGUCAGUUGCUACGGAUCGGCAAUUAGGUUUCAAAGAGGCGCGCCCAUGCAAAAUGUGGAUAUGCCCAAGCUGAAAAUAUAUCUGACGAAUACCAUGGUGCCCCGAAGUACAAAGUUAUUAGUUGCCGAAGUUCGGAGAAGGAGGGAUCUAUUGCCUUCUGUCGUGGAUCCCAUACUCAUCGCUGUGGAGAACAUCAGUUUGAAAGCCUUGGAUAUACUACAGACCUUGCUGAAGGUCAAUGCAACGGCAGUAGUCUCGCAACUCUUUUCGGAGCUCGAGUGUCUUGUAGACCUCAAUCAAGGCUUGCUGCAAUCAGUGGGUGUGGGCCACCCCUCUAUAUCUAAUGUAGUCGAAAUAACGAGACAACUCGGCUUCCACACUAAACUCACGGGUGCCGGUGGAGGUGGAUGUACGAUGACUCUGAUCCCAUCAGGUACUGACGGGGCCGCGAUUGCACAGAUGAACUCGGCUCUGCGAGCUGAAGGUUACGACGUUUGGGAGACUACAGUGGGCGGCAGUGGUGUGGUACAGCACAGUAGUGAUCCAGAUUGGCUACAUAUCUUAUGAAAUUACCUGCCAAACUUUGAAUAAAAUUUAGGCUGAUUAAUCAGCGUGACCGUCAG